UUGUGUAAUUUUCAGUUUGUUUGGUGUUUUAAGGUGCCAGCAAAAGCUGCUCAAGAGAGACCAAGAAAUGGCCCGGCAGCUGCUGAUCCCGCGAUAAGUGCAGUUGCUGAAAGUCUCACGGCUGUUGCGACUGCUUUGGCAUCACCGGAAAUUAUUGCAACAGUAGUACAGAAGGGCCUUGCUGAUGAACUUUUUGCCAGUGCCGAUUUGAAAGCCAAAAUUAAAGAAGUUUACGCAGAGGAGAUCCAGAAGAUGUUAGCGAAGAAGUCUGAAAAGCAUAUGACUGUGGAAGCGGAGAAGCGCCAAACGUGUGGUGGUGAGAUUCGCUUACAUUCGCCACUGCUUUUUGUGAAUAUGUUGCGUCUCUGGUUUUGUUCAGGUCAGUAUCGUGACGAGCGACUGCGAAAUGAUACGCCGUGUAUCGCGGAAUCCACUGGAUACGCUCGCGAUUCGCGUCCUGCAGAGCAAAUGAGAAAUGAAGAAAAAUCUGUUCUGUUUUUUAAGUAUAGCGAUUCGGAGUAUCGAACUGGACGUGAGGACGGCUCAGCGAAAAUAACUGGUGGCCCAUAUGGGAAGGAUGAUUCGAAGUACUACAGCGGGCCACCAUAU